CCUUCUCCCUCACUCGCGCGCUCUCUGGCCUCCAGCUCUCCCAGCAGCAUGGCCUUCACCGGCAAGUAUGAGAUCGAGAGUGAGAAGAAUUAUGACCAGUUCAUGACGCGCAUCGGGCUCCCCACCGAGACUACUGAAAAGGGCAGAAACUUGAAGACCAUCUCGGAGGUGCAGCAGGAUGGGCAGACCUUCACCUGGUCCCAGCACUACCCCGGGGGCCCCUCCAUCACCAACAAGUUCACCAUCGGCAAGGAGUCUGAGAUGGAGACCAUGGGGGGCAAGAAGUUCAAGGCCACUGUGCAGAUGGAGGGUGGGAAGCUGGUGGUGGUCACCCCCAACUAUCACUAUUCCUCGGAGAUUGUGGACGACAAGCUGGUGGAGCUCUCCACCGUCGAAGGCGUGACCUAUGAGCGCGUGAGCAAGAGGCUGGCCUGAGCAAGCAGCUGGGGCCCCCAGGUGGCUACAGAGCCACCAAUAAAGCUGGAAUGAGAACAGACGUUCUGCUCGCUCCAGAACCUCUUCGUCUUUGCUUUCAUUUU